AUGGACGCCGAACUCUGCCUCAAGUGGCGUCUCGAUUUACUCCAAUGGGACGAAGCAGAAUUCGACGGCUUAAGCAGCCUGAAGAUAUGGCCGAACUCCGGUAUUUGUCCGGAAAUAUAUCAACACGACUUCCGGGGAUCUGCGAGACCAAGGCGUGUCGAGUUCAAAAACACCUUGAAUUUAACAUCCGAUGGAACAAUAAGAGCUUGCGAAAGCACGAGCAUCGCCUUCUCUUGCGACUCGGACAUGGGGUCCUUUCCGCGAGACGAACACGAGUGCUCGGCUUCGUUCAUCCCGGGCAUGAAAUCUAAUUUGAGACUUUCCGCGGACCUGAAGUGUAACUUCACCGAAUUUGAUUCGGUAUUCCCUGAAUGGCGGAUCCUCUCGAUGAGUUUCAACUCGUUGGGGAAAAUCAAGGCUCAUCCUGUCCCUUUGCUAUUGACCGUCAACAUCCAGAGGGAUUUCUCCUUACACUUUCUCAACUUCAUCGUCCCGAUAGCGAUAAGUGUGGCUCUCACAGUCGCUUAUUGCUGGGUAAACUUAAGACUUCUAUCCAAAGUUCAUCUCAUGAUUCUAUCCUUGUUCAUCAACGUGCUCACGUCGAUAAGCUAUUCCGAAAGCCUGAGCGAUUCAACGAAGGUGCCGAUUGCGCUGAGGCUCUCUGCCGAUGCGCUCGUUCUUUCGGCUGUCAAUGUUCUGAUAUCGAUAGUCUCUUCAAUUCUAGACGACUCUCGGGCGGCGGUUCUAUUGCCGAUGCCGCGGAUGCUCCGAAAACUCUUGGAGAGCUCUACUACAGAUGAAUCCAUCCUGAGUCUCCGGGUUAUGCGUCUUGAGGAAGACAUUGAGACGCACGAUGGACCUCCCCGAGUCGGCAUACAAUCAGACGUGAAAGAGGAGAGUCCGGAAGACCAUAUCAGACAUCUCUGGGAGUCGGCGCUGGUUUUGCUGCAGCGCUGCUUGAGCAUAACGUUCCUAGGAUUUUACGUUUCCUCGAACUUCUGA